UAUAUUGUUUCACGGCUCCGGCUCCGGCCAAAAUAUGCCGGCUCCGGCGGCUCCGGCUCCGGCACCGGCUCCGGCUCCGCAUCCCUGGUUUUCAUGAGUUUAUGGAACUGUUUUGCAAAGUGUUUUUGCCAAUUUUGCGGCGCUGCGCGCUGCCGAUUCAUAACCCAAUAAAAGUAGGCAUUGUUAUUAAUAACGUUCCUUCCCCACGCGGGCAGAAACAUGUAUGUAUAUUGUAUAGUAUAUUGCAUAAUGUAUAUGCAUUAUCUUAUUUGUGGCAUUCUUCAAUAAUUAUGCCUUGAUAGAUCAGAGGCUUUGGCUUUGACCGUCUCAAAAUAAAUUGGACUUCAAAUUGUUGUGUCUGUAGGUAAGUACAUAGUCCAUUGCCAUUGUAGAGGUAAUCGGCUAUAAGAAGUACGAUAACAAUACCUACUUUUGGAGAUUUUGAUCGGCUAAUCCGUCCCCCGGUCAAAAAUAUGUGGCGACGCCCCUGAUGUUGACUAUCCUUUUUGCUUAGCAGAUGAGGUGGAGGAAGCUCGUACGAGGUGAGAUUCACGUCGCACGCGUGCGAAGAUGGACAGAUCAACUUGCAGAUGAAUCCACGGAUCCUGGCGAGACUGGAGCCAGAGGAUAACCGAGUGCUGGCGCGUCUGAUCGCGGUCUGGUCAGUGCCGACAAUCCCGGGCUCUCCAACUCGACGACUGGCUGCCUGACCAGUGACCAGAGCUCAGCGCGGCGCCCAGCGAGGAUCCGGCCAGCGGUGGUGGGCGGUCAGCUAGACCCGGCGAGCGGCGCUCCGAACGGCCGGCACCUGUAAAAGGCUGACGACGUUGACCAAACAUAAUUCUACAUAAUCGGCAGAUUACCUUAGUCAAGUGAUAAAAGAGUCAACACAUCAUGGCAACUGUUUUGUCCCAGUACAGCACUACUGGAUUCUACAAGGCGCCGGUGAGCAAGGGUCUGAUGGGCGGCCUGUUCCUCACGUGCACGGCCAUCAACGUGCCGUUGCUGGCGCACCUGCGCCACCAGCUCGAGUGUCGCCUGCCGGACAUGCUCGGCUCCCCACUGUUCUAUCGGCUGGUCACAUCGCGGCUGGCGUUUGUCGACACCAAGGACCUGGUCUGCAGCGCGCUGCUCAUCUACUACUUCCGAAUAUUUGAGCGUCGAUACGGGUCGCGGAAGUUUGCCAGUCACCUUCUGGUGACGUGGACGCUCUCAACUGUGCUGGAGGUGCUCUGUGUGCUGGCGACACAGCGGCUCGGCCUGGACCUGUACCCCGGCAGACUGCUGCCGCCCGGACCGUACGGUCUGGUGUUUCCGCUGUUCGUGCCGUACCUGUUUGACGUGCCGCGGGUAACCACCACGCAUAUCCUGGGCGCGCCCGUCACCGGCAAGACGCUCACCUACCUGAUCGGGCUGCAGAUCUGCUCGACGUCGGCGGCGGCCGGCCUCAGCGCCGCCUGUGGCAUCGCGGCCGGGCUGCUGUACCGGUGCAGCCCGCUGCGGCUGGGUCGUCUGCGGCUGCCGGCGGCGCUCUGCUGGCUGGCUGACAGCACGCUGGGCAGACUGCUCUCCUCGUCGCCGCCCACCGACGGCCCGAUGGCGGCGACCCUGGAGGCGCAGCGACAACAGCAGAUCGACAUGCUCGAGCAACAGAUGCUGCUGGAUAGAUAUCGAGAGAUGCGACAGCGCAACGCGGGCGCGGGCCGCGGCGGCGCACAGGCGCGGCACCAGCAGGGCCAGGGGUACGCCGAACAGCUGGUGGGUCACGGCGACCAGCCGCUCAACGGUCUGUUCUUCGGCCGGCAGCGGGCCGCAGCUGCAGCAGCCGCCGCCGAUCACCAGCCGCAGCAAGAGGCGGAGCCGGCGGCGCCCUCGGAGGCCUGCGUGCGUCACCUGGUGGAGAUGGGCUUCCAGCGCGACCAGGUGGAGGACGCCCUCCGCACCUCCAACAACGACAUCAACGUGGCCACCACGCUGCUACUACAGCAGAGCUAGCGGCCGGCCGUCAGCGGCUCAGCCGCCGGACUGGUGACGGCGCCGCCGGACCAGUGACGUGUCAGCCGGCCGACCACUGACGUCACGCCACGACUGACUAGUCAGCUGGAGAGCAGGGAUCAGUGAUAGUCGGCCGCCCGGUGACGCCAUGCCAGCGGACCCGCAGACCUCAUCGCUCGCGGCUGAGGAAGUGGUUCGCUCAGGCGGUUCGUGCAGCGCAGGUCUGAGGUCAGCCGCACAGGGCGCCUUGGCUCGGUCAGGUCAGGUCAGGUCAGGUGGCUGUCCAUCCGUACACUACGUACGGGCCGCGCAGUGCGGCGGCCACUCAGUGCAGAGUAUUUACUGUCCAGUGACGUUUUUGUUAUGUGCCGUGUUUUAAAGUUUUAUUAUGCGCACAGUCUGUCGGUGGUUGUGGACCCCCUGGCGAGGGGCGGUGGGGCUCGGUUGGCCCUGAGUGGGGGUCGUGUGGCAGAAUUCGAACCCCAAGGAAGCGAGCGACCUGCGUCCGAUCCCGUUUUACUUGGAUGGCUAGUGAAUUUGGCAUCCUACCGUACCGUACAGAGUACCGAGCGCAUGCAGCUUGACUGGCUUAGGUACCCGAGUACUGUACCGUAUACGUUCACCUGGCGUAUGCAGGGCUAAGGUGUACCGGCACCGUGGGCAGACUGCUUGCCCGUCCCAGGUGAAUAUUGAUCGUCUUAUACCUGAUGAGUAUAACCUCUGUGUUGACCGCAGACGUGUGUGGUGACUGUUGUCAGAAAUAGGCGCCGCAGCGUGUAAAAUAUCGUAUACAGGCGACUCCGGCAAGGGCCUCCAAGUACCGCCAGUACCCACGGCAUGUGCAGAGUGGUUGGUAUAUUUAUCGGCUGUAUGGGGCGCCUGUGUAGUGUGCGGAGCGUGUGUGGUCGCGGGUGCGGUGUGAGUGUCUGUGUGUUCUUAGCACAGAGUGGGACAGCGCCGCGCUGACCCCGGUCGGCGCUGUCGCCGCACUGCACGCUGUACUGCCGCGUACCGGGUACAGCGUGCGUACGCCGUCCUCCAGUGAGUGGUGUGUGGGGACACCGCGCCCCAGCGCAGCGGCUCAGACGGGAGACGGCAAUAAAUCACAGAGUCGA